AUGGAGUUUAUUUUCCACGAAAAACAAUCUGGUUCUUUAUGUGCUCAACACUGCCUCAAUGCUCUCCUGCAAGGUCCUUACUACACAGUUUUUGACUUGGCAGAAAUAGCAAGAUCUCUAGAUGAAUCAGAGAGACAUCACAUGGCAGAGAGGGGUUUUUUCACUCAUGAAUAUCAGGAAUUUUUAAAGCAGCCAUCAUCCAAUUUUGAUGAUAGCGGAUUUUUUUCUAUACAAGUUAUUGUAAAAGCACUUGAAGUCUUAAAUCUGGAAUUGCUGCCCAUCACAAGCUCAGAUGUAUACUGCAGACAAGCCAGGGAACAUCCAAGUCAGCAAGUGGCUUUCAUCUGCAACUUUCGACAACAUUGGUUCACAGUUCGAAAGAUUGGGCUUCAGUGGUUUAACCUAAACUCAGUUUUAUCCUUUCCUGAAUUGAUAUCUGACACUUACCUCAGUUUGUUUUUGAAACAACUGCAAGUGGAAGGUUACUCGAUAUUCGUACUGAGAGGUGAGCUACCUGCUUGUGAGGCAGACGACAUUUUGAAGGUGAAUCCCGUCGUACAGACAGUGAAGCCGACAGUGAACAACUCCACCCUGACCUCCUCACCGACCACUUUAACGAAUGAUGACCCCGAAUUGAAGUGGGUCAUGGAGGAGAGCAAGAAGAUGUUUGAUGACGACGACGAAGCUCUCAACCAUGCUCUGCAACUCAGUGCUUCAGAAAUGUAUGAAAGCGAUCAUAUUGCUUCAUAUUGGUCACGAACAUCUGCAACAACAACGGCGACGGCGACUGCCUCAGCAACCUCUGUUACAUCUGCAUCAGAAAUGACUGAUACACAGCCAACAACAAGUACAACGUCUGCUGGAGCCGACAUCCAGCUAGCACCAAUUGCUACAGAUACGUCAACAGCAACAUCUGAAACUCAACAUGUGACUAGUGUAGCAACGACAUCUGCCAUGCAACCACCACCAACUACAUCAACAACAACUACAUUAACAACAACACAAUCAGAAUCACCCUCGCCAACAUUAUCACCAUCUUCAUCUAACGCUGAAGAGAUAAGAAAAAAAUGAUUGAUCAAGCACUCCGACCAAUUACCCUCCAAAGAUAAAGAAACAUCAGGAGAAAAAUAAACAAGCACUUGAAUAAAAGAUAUUUUUAUUUCUUGCACUUCUAGCAAAUUUUGUCACUUUGAAUUCAUUUUUUCUCAUUGUACUUAUUUUUCUCAAGAAAAUAAAAUUUUCUAUUUUGGAUAAGAAAUAUAUAUACAUAUAUAGAAUAAACUUUCAAUUUUUCACUCCUAACACGAGUUUAAAUUAAUUUAAACUUUUUUCCACUCACAACGGCAACAAUCUAAUGUAUCGUAUUUACAUUAAAAUAGAUGAAGAAUCUCUGAUUCCAUAGGAACUUAGAAAUUUUUGAUCAGGUAUGUCAUCAUGUGAUCAUACAAAAGGGCCUGACCAUGGCCAUCAAUGGCGGAACCCUGGUGUGUGCCCUACUCUCUGGUCUGGUUACAUUUGAUUUGACCUAGGAUGCAGCCUUUAAACGCUUGUGAUGACGACACUCUUACAUUAUCUAUUUAUUUCUCCCUUUUUUUUAAAUAUUUUCACAUUUUUAUAUCAGUCUUCCAUUGUUGCCAUUGUCUUCUAAUAAUAUCGUCACUUUCUUUAUUACGUCAUCUGACGUCAUUAUUAUUAUUAUUAUUAUAGAUGAACAUAGCCACCUAGCAACGUCAUCAUUGUUAUUAUUUCAUCACCUUACAUCAGCAUCAAUAUCACCUGGAAAGUUCAUCGUAUUAGAAAAAUUAAGAUGAUCCAA